AUGGAGUUUGGCGGCAUUAUUACUCUUUUCUUGGCUCUCUGUGCUCCUUGCCUUGCCAUCCUCAUUGCCUGGAAGCACAUGCACAAAGCAGGCAAGCUGCCCCCGGGGCCCACUCCUCUUCCGUUCCUGGGUAACUUACUGCAGGUCCGCACCGAUGCCACGUUUCAGUCUUUCCUGGAGGUGAGUCUGUCUGCCCAUGUUCUCUCAUGGAGUCCCAGGGCUGGAGAGUCUCUCAGUAAGAAGUACGGCCCUGUCUUUACUGUCUACAUGGGUCCUCGAAGAGUAGUCGUGCUAUGCGGCCAUGAGGCGGUGAAGGAGGCACUGGUCGACCAGGCUGAGGAGUUCAGUGGCCGCGGGGAGUUGGCUUCCAUUGACCGGAACUUUCAGGGUCAUGGUGUGGCAUUGGCCAAUGGGAAUCGCUGGAAGAUCUUGCGCCGUUUCUCUCUGGCUGUUCUUCGAGAUUUUGGGAUGGGAAAGCGCAGCAUUGAGGAACGCAUUCAGGAAGAGGCUGGCUUCUUGAUUGAAGGGUUACGGAAAACCAAUGGAGCCCCCAUUGAUCCCACCUUCUUCCUGAGUCGCACAGUCUCCAACGUCAUCAGCUCUGUAGUGUUUGGAAGCCGCUUUGACUAUGAGGACAAACAAUUCUUGUAUCUGCUGCACCUGAUCAAUGAGAGCUUCAUUGAGAUGAGCUCUCCCUGGGCCCAGCUCUAUGAUAUGUACUCAGGGAUCAUGCAGUACCUGCCUGGCCGCCACAACAAAAUCUACAACCUUAUUGAAGAGCUGAAGGACUUCAUUGCAUCCAGGGUCAAGAUCAACGAGGCCUCCCUGGAUCCCAACAGUCCCCGGGACUUCAUUGAUUGCUUUCUUAUCAAAAUGCAUCAGGAAAAAAACAACCCUCAGACGGAAUUCAACCUCAAGAACCUGGUUCUCACCACUUUAAACCUGUUCUUUGCUGGGACUGAAACAGUCAGCUCCACACUGCGCUAUGGAUUUCUGCUUCUCAUGAAAUACCCAGAGGUGGGAGCCAAGGUUCAAGAGGAGAUUGACCACAUCAUUGGGCGACACCGAAUACCCAAGGCAGAGGACCGGAUCCAGAUGCCAUACACCGAUGCAGUCAUCCACGAGAUCCAGAGGGUUACAGACAUUGUGCCCAUGGGUGUCCCUCACACAGUCAUCCGAGACACCCACUUCCGAGGCUACAUUCUGCCAAAGGUAAGGGGGCUCUUCCUGGUUUGUCUCCCUCACUUAAUCUUGCGUUCCACUUUCCCACUCCCUACCCCAACUCCAGCCCCUCUAUCUAGGAGCUCACCCUGCCUAUUACAUUCAUGCCCACCUUUCCUUCAGGGCACUGAUGUCUUCCCUCUCAUUGGUUCUGCUCUCCGAGACCCUAAGUAUUUUAAAAAACCCGACGCUUUUGAACCCAAGCACUUUCUCGAUGAGCAGGGACGCUUCAAGAAGAAUGAAGCCUUCGUGCCAUUCGCCUCUGGGAAGCGUGUGUGUCUGGGAGAGGCUAUGGCCCGGAUGGAGCUUUUCCUCUACUUCACAUUCAUCCUGCAGAACUUCUCCCUCCAACCUCUGGUUCCCCCCAGUGAGAUUGAUAUAACCCCCAAGAUCAGUGGUUUUGGCAACAUCCCUCCCACCUAUCAGCUCUGCAUUGUGGCCCGUUGAUGGACCUCCCGGGCCAAGUCUGGGAACUCUCUGCUGUCUGCUCACCCAACUUCCCCACAAUUCCCACCUUCCGUGACCUCCCAAUAAAUUUUUGUUUCUGCUCUGUUCUCUGUGCUGGGGGUGGAGGUAAAGGGGAAUGUGUUGAAAUAGGAAUACACAUAAACAUAUUCAAUAUGUCUGGAAGAUUUAGAAUUGAUUUCUCCUGCCUAGAUUUUUCCCUUAUGUUUUGAUCCCAGACUCCUCUUCCUAUUUCUGACCCUGUCCCCCUACUGCUAAAGACCAGUUUC